AUGUAUAAGAUAACCCAAACUCAAUUACUAGAAUGGGUCAAAGAUGGUAACGCAUAAACUUUGGCAGUUUACUUUCGUGAAAAUCUAGCUGGCAAUUAACAAGGACUUUAACACUUUUUCAAGAUGAUUGAUAACUAGAAACGCAAUGUAGUCCAUUGGGCUGCCUAUUUCGGAUAAUUGGAAUUAGUGGAAAAUUGGCUACAAUCCUACUCUUAAUACAUAGAUCUUAAUAAGACCGAUAUGCAUCAUUACACUCCUUUAGAAUUAGCGAGCAUUAAAGGCUUCAUGAAAGAACAAGACUCCUUGAUUUAAUUUAGCCUAAUCAAACUGUUAAUCGAGAAUAAGGCUGUAGUCCGACUUGAUAAUCCAUAUUAAAGAGCUACUCCACUUCAUUGGGCAUAUUAUUAUGGAAACACGGAGUUAAUUAAAUUCCUCUUGUCAAAUUACCCCGAUUUACAAUACCAAUUCGACUAAUUUGGCAUGUAUCCUGUCGAUUAUUUAUUCUUGGAAAACAGACCUUAGGAAUAUUAGAGGAACUACAAAGGCAUUUUUAUUGCAACAGUUGUGGAAUAUGCAUAAACAGUCUACAAUCACCAAUUUAAAAAUCUCCGAAACCUCAAUACUUAAAUGACUAUGACUCUUAGAUCUCAGUCAUUAAAGUCGCAAGGCAAUGAUAGUAGAGAUAGAUUGCAAUUGAAAGAACCUGCUAAUGAAAUUGACAGUGAAUCUGAAGAAAGAACCUAAAAUUAUUUACAUGCAGGUUUGACUACGAUGACCUUAAUGUCAAAGGUUCGAUAAACAUGUACUAUGUCUCAAAAAAGAGAUUCCUUAACUUCUAGACUAAGUUAAUAAUUUAAGUAAAUCAAAGAGAGAAUGACAAAGUUACCAAAUAAAAAUAUACCCAAUGAAAUUCCAUUUGAUGAUUCCUAAUAAGAACUUAAUGAACCAGAAGCAGAAAAAAUUCCUACUGUUAAAAUAAUGUAACCAACCAAUACAAUAUUUAUUGAUCCUCAUAAAAAUUAUUUUGAUUAAUCAAAUAAAAUACUCAAUUCUAAAAGUGAUUUGGAAAGUGAAAGAAAUCAAUAAAAAAAUCUGGUUUAAUCAGAUGAAGAAAUUCCUCGUAUCUUUAAAUCAAAUAAUAUUUAUUCACGCUCCGAAUUAUCUCGAUAUUAACCAUCAUAAUGCCAAUAAUCAUGUGCACCUUCUUAGUUUGGAAGGCAACUUUCUCAAGAAAUGCAAAUAUCCUAAGAGGAUUUUAGAUUGUCGAUGAAGGAUGCUCAAUAAUUUAGAUCGAUGAAACCCUCAUUAAAGAAACCAGGAUAGAAAUUAUUCAAAAGAAAAAGUACAACUUUUAAUAAUGAACCUUACUACAUCUUUCAUUAUACAAAGAGUUAAAAUAAGAGGUAAUUGUUUGAGUGCAGAUUAUAAUUUUGGUCAACAAGAAUAGAGUCUAUAGAAUUUUUUACAUACUUUUUAAAAAAGGGAUGUAAUCCAUUUCUAAUUUAAUAUUAAGGAUUUAAUUGUCUACAUAUUGCAGCAAACAAAGGGAAAUACAAUAUUCUAAGAUUUAUAUUAGAGAAUGAAUAUAAAUACAAAGAGCUAGAAGAACUGAAGGAGAAACAACCUUAUAUUACCGAAGAGGAAUUGACUAAAACUCAGCAGAGCAAAGUUAUAUUUAAUAAAAAUAAUGCCUUCAAUAUGAUGACUGAUUUGAAUCCUUCGAAUGCCUUACAUUUAGCAAUUGAAAUCAACAAUUAUGAAUGCAUGAAGAUUUUAGUGGAAAAUGGGGUUUCAGUUGAUGUCUUAAACCAUAGAUGUUUAAAACCUUUUGAACUUACCUUCGAUACUAAGAUGGUCAAAUUUUACGAGAAUUAAUAUCUAAAAAAAAAUGAACAAAGUUUUAAUUUCAUGGGAUAUAUGUACGUUCUUUAGACAAAGGGAUCCUUAGAUGUUAAUCAAGAUAUUGUUAUGUUACAAUUACAGAAUAUUAGAUAAUCUCUUUAAUAAAAUGAUAUGGACUUUGAAUUCAUAGUAAUCAACACUCCAAAUUAUAAUUGUCUUAGGAAUUAAUAAGAAAAUAAGAUGAAACAUCAUUAUUACGUGUUGAAACUAACAGCAAAUACUAUUUAUAAAUUAGCGGAUAAAUAUGAGAUUGAAUGCUAUCAUUUUACUAAGAAACAUCUAGCCAAAUUUAAAUAUCGAGAUUAUGAUCAUUACGAAUUUCCUAAACCUUUGCAGAUACAAUCCCUUAUUGUUAAUACAUUGAAUGAAGAAUUUGAUUUAGACAAAUUUAUUUUAGAGGGUUUAGUGAUAUCUCAUUUUCCCCUUGAAGACAAUUCAAAAUAAUAAAAAGUUGAUUAGUUAUGGAAAGAGCUCCAAUACAAUUGCAUCAGAGACACAAUCAGAUUUGAAACUCACUAGUUUUCAUUAAGACCAUUAAAUUCCAUAGCAGCAUAUUAUGGACCUGUGAUUGCCUGGUAUAUCUCUUUUAACGUUUAAAUUGUAGGCUGGCUUAUAAUUCCAGCUCUAGUUGGUUCUGCUAUUCAAUUGUAUCAGCUGUUUGCUGAUAAAGUUCAUGCUUCCAUUUUACCAGCCUAUGCUUUAUUUAUGUCACUUUGGGCAACAUUAUUCAUGGAGAAAUGGAAAAAUAGAGAAUCUGAGUUUAAAUAUAUUUGGGAUAUGCAUAAAUUCAAAUAAUAGGAGCCUUAAAGGGUUAUGUAUACUGGUGAAUAUGUUAUCAAUCAAUGUACAAAUAAAAUAGGAAUCUAUGAUUAUUUUACAACGUUUAAAAGAAGGCUGAUAGUUGAAUUCCCAGUAAUAUUGUUAGGGAUAUCUAUUAUAGUAGUGAGCUUCUUUGCCUUCAACAUUUGGUAAUCAAACCAAGAUCCAAACAAUAUCUAUAUGCCAAUAAUAAUUAAUUCUCUUAAUGGAGUAGGCAUGACUGUCUUUUGCGACCUAUAUAAACGCUUAUGCAAAUCAGUGGUUAAUUGGGAAAAUCAUAAAUUUGAUUUAGCAAUGCAAUACUCUUAUGUUUUAAAAGUGUUUUUAUUUGAAUUCUUAAUCUCCUACAUCUCUGUCGUCUAUGCUGUAUUAUUUAAAUCAGAUCAGACCCAAUUAACUUUAUCAGUAGCCAGCAUAAUUAUUACAAGAGGAUUAAUCUCCAAUUUAACCAGCAAUUGCAUGCCUUUUUUAUUCUAUAAAUAUCUGAAAUGGGGUCUCGAGGGUUAAUUUGAUAAAUUUUAGGAUUAUUGUAAAGAUUUCAAAAUUUGUGAAUUGUAGUAUGUAAAUGACAAGUUGCCCCUUCAAGAUUAGAUUAAAUUUAUGCAAAUAAUGGAGGAUAGCCAUAAUAAGUAACCAUAAAAGGAAUUAUAUAAUGAGUAUACUAGUAUAGCCAUUCAAUUUGGAUAUACAACUAUGUUUUCUCCUGCCUUCGCUGCUGCUCCACUUUUCUUUCUGUUAAAUCAAUACAUCAACCUACAAUUUUCCAUCUACAACUACUAAAAUGUGCUAAAACGAGAGAGAGCUUAAGCUGCUGAUUCAAUUGGAAUUUGGCUAUCCAUUUUUGAGAUUAUGAAUUAUUGUUCUACCUUCAUGAAUUGCAUAGUGAUAGGGAUCGUAAAUAAAUCUGAAUUUGAAAAAUUGAUUGGGGAUACCGAUCCCUUAUUUCAAACUUUAGUACUAGCAGCAAUAGAACAUAUUUUAUUACUUAUUAAAUAUAUCCUUGGAGCUGCCAUUCCUGAUUGUCCUUAUUGGGUAUCCAAAGAAUUAAGGAAAUAUGCAUUUUUAGAAGGAAAGAGUGCUAAAAUUCAAGAAGACAGUCAAAAUACUUUCUGA